UUUACUUCAACGUUCAAUCCCUAAAAAUGAAAUAUCCAAGUAUUUUAUUGGUUCUUUUUUCAUUUUUCGUCGUCUGCGUACGGGAAUCAAAAUCAUCUGAGACUUUCACACAAUGCCUAACCUCAAACUCCGACCCUACACAUCCCAUCUCUCCCGCCGUGUUCUUCGCCGGAAAUCGCUCCUACUCCUCCGUAUUAGAAGCCAACAUACGUAACCUCCGCUUCAACACCUCCGACACUCCAAAACCAUUCCUCAUAAUCGCCGCAACACAUGAAUCUCACGUCCAAGCCGCGGUUACUUGCGGUCAACGCCACAGCCUUCAGAUGAAAAUCAGAAGCGGCGGUCACGACUAUGACGGCUUGUCGUACGUUACGUACUCUGGCGAACCGUUCUUCGUCCUCGACAUGUUCAAUCUCCGUUCAGUUGACGUCGACGUGGCGAGUAAAACCGCGUGGGUCCAAACCGGUGCCGUCCUCGGAGAGGUUUAUUACCAUAUAUGGGAGAAGAGCAACACUCUAGCUUAUCCCGCUGGGAUUUGUCCCACGGUUGGUGUCGGUGGCCAUAUUAGCGGUGGAGGUUAUAGUAAUAUGAUGAGAAAACACGGUCUCACAGUAGAUAAUACCAUCGAUGCAAGAAUGGUCGAUGUCAAUGGAAAUUUUUUGGAUAGAAAAUUAAUGGGAGAAGAUCACUUCUGGGCAAUAAACGGAGGAGGAGGUAGCUAUGGCGUAGUUUUAGCCUACAAGAUAAGCCUAGUCGAAGUCCCUGAAAAUGUCACCGUUUUUAGUAUUUCCCGGACGUUAGAGCAAAACGCAACCGAGAUCGUUCACCGGUGGCAGCAUGUUGCACCGGAGCUACCGGACGAGCUUUUUCUAAGAACAAUCAUCGAAGUCGUAUUCGUAAACGGCCCCGUUUCCACACGAAAGACCAUCAGGGCAACGUUCAAAGCUAUGUUUCUUGGAGACACAACAACGCUCCUGUCGAUAUUAAACCGGAGAUUCCCAGAAUUAGGUCUAAUCCGGUCUGACUGUACCGAAACAAGCUGGAUCCAAUCGGUGCUAUUUUGGGCAGAUAUGCAAGUGGGUUCUUCUGAGAAACUUCUACUCCAGAGGGACCAAACCGUGACCUACCUCAAGAGGAAAUCAGAUUACGUACGUGAACCGAUUUCAAGAACCGGUUUAGAAUCAAUUUGGAGAAAAAUGAUCGAGCUCGAAAUCCCAACUAUGACUUUCACUCCAUACGGUGGCGUGAUGGACAAGAUUCCUUCGACGGCGACUCCGUUUCCACAUAGAGCCGGGAACCUCUGGAAAAUUCAGUACGGUUCGGAUUGGAAUGAAGGUAGACUAACCAACCGGUACAUGGAUUUGACGAGGGAGUUGUACCAAUUCAUGACACUGUUUGUAUCCAAGAAUCCGAGACAGACGUUUCCUAAUUAUCGUGAUCUUGAUUUGGGGAUUAAUUCACACAGUGGGAAAAUAAUGAGCUAUGUUGAAGGUAAACGUUACGGUACGAAUUAUUUCGGAGGUAAUUUUGAGAGGUUGGUGAAGAUUAAGACUCGAGUUGAUAGUGGUAAUUUCUUUAGGAAUGAACAGAGUAUUCCUGUGUUACCAUAAUAUAUAAUUUGUUACCAUAAUAUAUAUAUGUUGUAAGUCUAUUAGAUAAAGUUUGAUAUUACAAUUUAGAACUCGUACUAGAUGAUAUUCCUGUUACAUAACGAGGAUUUUUUUCUCAAGUAUUGUUAAGUUUUUUUAUAUGGAAAAAUAUGUUAUAAUGUAGAAACGGGUAUUCAAAUUUAUGUACUAUUUUGUUGUUAAAUAUAAAGUGUGGUUAUCUGUCCGUAA